AUAUUUGUCUAAAGUUUAACCACGGAUGUAAACAGAAUAUAAAAUUACUCAGACAUAUUACUCAUCAAGUUUGCUAACAUAAAACCGUGCAGAAAAGUGCACUUUGAAUAGUGGUUGUAGAAAAAAAGUAUUUUAUUCAAUGAGUAAUAUAUGGUAUCUUACAAAACAAUUUUUUUCUACAGUGAUAAUCAAAAUGAAGAUGAUCGCAGUUUUAGUCUUGUGCGUAGUAGUUGCAGUAAAUGCACGCAAAAUUACAGAAUGCCGAAAUUUUCCUGGUGUAGGGACCCUAAAAGUUGGAGAAGAGAAGUCAGAACAAGGAGCCUGUAACAUUAUUAAAUGCAAGGAAGGUGGAACUAUUUCCAAGAAAUCAUGUGGCUCUUACGAAAUCGCUCCACCAUGCACGAUUGUAGACGGUGAUCAGACUAAAUUGUUCCCUGAGUGUUGUCCCAAGUAUCGGUGCCCAGUAAAAAACUGAGUCAAUAGAUAAAGGAUAAAAUUUUUUGUUAUUAUAAUAUAUUAUAACAUAAUACUUAUCUGAUAUUAUAUUAUGUCAAUAAAAUUUUAAAAAUUAA